UACUGCUGAACUGCAGUAUUCCUGCUGCUGCCGCCGAUGAGUGUUUGAGCUGCACUGAGGUGAAAAUGAAGCGCUCCCUGGGAAUCUGUCUGCUGGUCUGCUCCGCCCUGAUCGGACUCGGAUCAGCCAUCCGCUGUUACAGCUGUAAGGACUACACAGCCAGCUGCUCCAAACAACGAGACUGUAGCUACGACGACGCCUGUCUCACGCUCAACGAGAGAGGAGGAAUGACGUACCGCCAGUGUCUGAAGUAUUCAGACUGCGAGUACGGCCGACUGGCCCAGAUGUUCCCCCAGGUCUCCAGCUUCACCUUCAAGUGCUGCAACUCUGACCUGUGCAACUCCGCCCCCUCCUCCGCAGCGAGCUCUGUGAUUGGUCUGCUGGCCUCGGUCGCGGUCAUGUGGUGGUGCAUCCACUGAAGAGUGACGAGGCUCUGUAGCGCCCCCCCGUGGCUGUAAACAUACAGCUGCUUUAACAAGAGCAGGUUCAGCUUCUCUAACUCAGCCAUCACUUCACAUUCAUUCAUUCUCAACACAUUGUAAUCAUUUAUCGAUCAGCAUCUGAUCGAUUAAACUGGAAAUAGUUUAAGUCACGUGAUCAGUGUUUAUAUGACGUGAAGAUUAGUUAGAUAUGAUCACAUCUAAAGAGUUUUAAUGGUUGAACAUGAAGGGCUCACAUUUCAGAGUGACUGGAACGAAAACAGACGUAAACAAACAUGAAAUUAAUUAAUCCAGUAAUUUAUUAAUAACAAAUCAAUAAAGUUUCCUGAACGGUGUGAAUUAAUUAUAAAGAGAGAAAUGAAGCUCGACAGAAGACUCCCAGGCUUUGUCGUCUUCUCUGGUUUCUCAGUGGACUUCUGGAGGUUUAUUGUUUUAUUGUUUAUUAUUUUAUUCUCCACAGGAAGUGACAUCACACUGAAUGAGAUCAACACGUGUUUCAUGUCACAGGAAGUGGCAUCACACUGAAUGAGAUCAACACGUGUUUCAUGUCACAGGAAGUGACAUCACACUGAAUGAGAUCAACAUGUUUCAUGUCACAGGAAGUGACAUCACACUGAAUGAGAUCAACAUGUUUCAUGUCUGUGUUCACAUCUGACUGAAUCUGACUCUGAAACAGCUGCUAAAAAAAGGUUCUUUAAAGAAAAUAUGACGAACAUAAACCCACAUCAAUGUAUAUUUAUUUGUAUUAAACUUUAUUAAUUUAAAUUCCACAGAAACCACAUUCAUUCCCAAAUUACAGUGUUUUUUUACAGGAAACAGCACCUUGAAGUACAGACCUGUCAAAUUAAAGUGCUCCACUUUGGUCUGUGAGCUGAGAUGAAAAAGAUCUGAAGCUGCUUCGCUCUUUAACUGUUUGAAAUGAAAACAGCUUCAAUGUCUGUAAAUGAACAUUUAAUCAAUAAACGGUGACAA